GGUAUAAAUAACUUUAUUUCAGAUUUUAUGCUCACACAAUUUCGAGAGCGCGCGCAAGAAAUUGAGAGCGAGAGAGUGUGAGACCAAGAGCGAGGGAUUGAUUCGUCAUUUUUGUAGCUUACUUUCUCGAUCUCCGAUCUAGAGAUGCAGAAGUUAGGGUUUCCGGCGAUGAAGAGCUUUGAUCAACUCCGAUCGUUGCCUGGAUCGGCGAAGACGUACUUCUUCUCCACUCGUCCGCCUCAGGAUUCCGUCUCCUCCGGAAGUUUCUCGAAUUUGAAACUCACAGCAGAGAAACUGGUGAAGGAUCAGGCUGCGAUGAGAACAGAUCUCGAACUGGCGAAUUGUAAGCUGAAAAAGUCAAUGGAGCAUGUCUAUGCCUUAGAGGAGAAACUGCAGAGCGCUUUUAAUGAGAAUGCUAAGCUCAGAGUUAGGCAAAAGGAAGAUGAGAAGCUGUGGAGAGGACUGGAAUCUAAGUUCUCUUCAACGAAGACUCUGUGUGAUCAACUUACUGAGACUCUGCAGCAUUUGGCUUCUCAAGUUCAGGAUGCUGAGAAGGAUAAAGGUUUUUUUGAGACCAAAUUCAAUACUAGUUCAGAAGCAAUAAACUCUUUAAACCAGCAAAUGCGAGACAUGUCUUUAAGAUUAGAUGCUGCUAAAGAAGAAAUCACAAGCAGAGAUAAGGAAUUGGAGGAGCUCAAACUCGAGAAACAACACAAGGAAAUGUUCUAUCAAACUGAACGGUGCGGAACUGCCAGUCUCAUUGAGAAGAAAGAUGCUGUGAUAACAGAGUUGGAAACAACCGCAGCUGAAAGAAAACUCAAAAUUGAAAAAUUGAAUUCCCAACUGGAAAAGCUACAUCUUGAGUUAACAACAAAAGAAGACGAGGUCAUACACCUUGUUAGUAUCCAGGAGAAGUUGGAGAAAGAAAAGACGAAUGUUCAGUUGAGUUCAGAUGAACUGUUUGAAAAACUUGUCCGCUCAGAGCAGGAGGUUAAGAAGCUAGAUGAAUUAGUCCACUAUUUGAUAGCUGAGCUGACUGAAUUAGACAAAAAGAAUCUGACCUUCAAGGAAAAGUUUGAUAAACUAAGUGGCCUAUAUGAUACCCACUUUAUGUUGUUGCGAAAAGACAGAGAUCUUGCAUCAGAUCGUGCUCAGAGAUCGUUUGAUCAACUCCAGGGCGAGUUAUUUAGAGUAGCUGCCGAAAAAGAAGCUCUGGAAUCUUCAGGCAAUGAGCUAAGUGAAAAAAUAGUUGAGCUCCAGAAUGAUAAGGAAUCUUUAAUAUCUCAACUUUCUGGGGUACGCUGCUCUGCAAGCCAGACCAUUGAUAAAUUGGAGUUUGAAGCAAAAGGACUGGUUUUAAAGAAUGCUGAAACAGAAUCAGUGAUUUCGAAGUUGAAAGAGGAAAUAGAUACUUUAUUGGAAAGUGUAAGGACAUCAGAGGAUAAGAAGAAAGAAUUGUCAAUAAAGCUUUCAUCAUUAGAGAUUGAAAGCAAAGAUAAGUACGAGAAACUGCAGGCAGAUGCACAAAGACAAGUUGGGGAACUAGAGACUUUGCAGAAAGAGAGUGAGAGCCAUCAGCUGCAGGCAGAUUUAUUGGCGAAAGAGGUGAACCAGCUCCAAACCAUUAUAGAGGAGAAAGGGCAUCUAAUCCUCCAGUGCAAUGAGAACGAGAAGAAUAUAAACCAACAAAUCAUUAAGGACAAGGAGCUACUCGCAACUGCUGAAACUAAGCUUGCAGAAGCAAAGAAGCAAUAUGACCUGAUGCUAGAAAGUAAACAGUUGGAAUUAUCAAGGCACUUAAAAGAAUUAUCACAGAGGAAUGACCAGGCAAUUAAUGAGAUCAGGAGGAAGUAUGAUGUAGAGAAGCAUGAGAUUAUUAAUUCUGAAAAGGACAAGGUUGAAAAAAUUAUCAAAGAGCUGUCCACUAAAUAUGAUAAAGGACUCUCAGAUUGCAAAGAAGAAUCAAAGAGGCAACUGCUAACCAUUCAAGAGGAACAUUCUUCUCGGAUUCUCAAUAUUCGGGAGGAGCACGAGAGUAAGGAGCUCAAUCUCAAAGCCAAGUAUGACCAGGAACUGAGACAAAAUCAGAUUCAGGCUGAAAAUGAACUGAAAGAGAGGAUAACAGCUCUGAAGAGUGAGCAUGAUGCUCAGUUGAAAGCAUUCAAGUGUCAGUAUGAAGAUGACUGCAAGAAGCUGCAAGAAGAAUUAGAUCUUCAAAGGAAAAAAGAAGAGAGGCAAAGAGCUUUGGUGCAGUUACAGUGGAAGGUGAUGAGUGACAAUCCACCUGAGGAGCAAGAAGUAAACUCAAACAAGGACUAUUCACAUUCGUCGGUCAAAGUGAAAGAAUCUCGUCUUGGUGGUAAUAAGAGAAGCGAGCAUAUAACGGAAUCUCCUUUUGUAAAGGCAAAAGUAACAUCUGUGUCAAAUAUAUUGAAGGAAGCGACAAAUCCAAAGCAUCAUAGCAAGGUAACUCAUCGUGAGUAUGAGGUUGAAACGAAUAAUGGGAGGAUACCUAAACGGAGAAAAACAAGACAGACAACAAUGUUUCAGGUCAGCUUGUCCAUCCUGCUAUAUAGACAUAUUCAAGAUAUCUAACUUUACAUUGUUUGGCAACAGGAGCCACAAAGACGCAGUACUAGGUUGACACCCAAAUUGAUGACCCCCACAAUCAUCGCGAAGGAAACAGCAAUGGCCGAUCAUCCUCACUCUGCAAAUAUUGGAGACUUGUUUUCAGAAGGUUCCCUCAACCCAUAUGCUGAUGAUCCCUAUGCAUUUGAUUGAAGUCUACCACACAAAAACACUGAUUCCAAGCGGAGUGCUCUCUGAGACCUGAGAAGAAUCACAAGGAAGAAAGUGGAAAGCAGUACAAAUCAUGUAGAUCAGAAGCCAUUCAUAUAAGCAUAGAAUAAAACUAUCAGUAUUUGUAUAUAUAUACAAACUCAUACAUUGUAUCUAGUUUCACAUUCUUGUGCUGUUGGGCUCAUUAACAUACAGUACCAGUACUUUACAUAGUAAGAAAAUGGGCUCAUAAAAGGCCCACAAUUGAAAAUGAGUACAUGAU